GGAUCCUAAAAAUAAAAGCAACGGCCGAGAUUCUCUCCAUGCUUUCUGGCUCCCUCUAUUAUCUUCCCCCACUCUCACUCCUCCCACCACCACCAUCACCACCCUUCUCUCUCUCUAAAGCCCAUCCUCUUUCUCUCUAGCUACAACCAUGUUGUUGGGUAAGAGACAAAGGCCUCCGAUGAAGAGAACCACCAGCAUGACGGAAUUCUCCUUAGAUCUCAACCACACCACCACCAUCGACGGUGGCCGUGGCAAUUCUCAGUCACCACAUGAUCACCACAACAACCCCUUCAACACCAUCAAUCCACCGAGAUCAGCCGAUGGUACGGUUGAUCCACGUUUCUUCUCACCCACCGUUACUUCCAAGAUUCACCGGCGUAAUUCCGCCGACUACACCCAAACAUCUCAUUUCUUGAAGGCUUGUCACCUCUGCACUCGCCAGCUCAUCGCCGGCCGUGAUAUCUUCAUGUACAGAGGUGACAGUGCAUUUUGCAGUUUAGAGUGUAGACAACAACAAAUGAAUUUAGACGAGAAGAAAGACAAGUGCUCGAUGUCAACGAAGACUUCUGUUGCUACCACUUCAUCUGGUGCUUCCGAGACUGUUGCUGCUAUGUAAACUUAUAG